AUGAGAUACCCAGCUGCAGUUUUGGGGAUUGUUUUGACAUUGAUUUCUUGGGAUGGAGUAUAUUCAAAUGCCACCCGUUGUAGGGCAGAGGAGAGAGAAGCCCUUCUGGAGUUUAAGCAAUUUCUCACCGAUCCUUCCAACCGCCUCUCUUCCUGGGUUGGUGAUGGUUGUUGUAGGUGGACAGGAGUUCACUGCCACAACACCACUGGUCAUGUCAUCCAUCUCAACCUCUCCAAUCCGUUGCCAUACCCUAUUGAUGAUGAUGAUGAUUAUGAUCUCUACAAUUAUGAUUAUGAAUCUCAUCUUGCUGCGUACAAGAGGUCCCGUUGGGGUGGGAACAUAAGCGGCUCUUUGCUGCAAUUGAAACAUCUUGAGCAUCUGGACUUGAGUCGCAAUUAUUUUCGAGGACUUCAGAUUCCACAGCUCUUUGGUUCCCUCACCACUCUCGCUUAUCUGAAGUUGUCUUCUGCGGGAUUUAUCGGCCCCAUUCCUCCUCAACUUGGGAAUCUUUCAAGCUUGCUUUAUCUUGAUAUUGGCGGGAAUGAUUAUUUGUACGUUACAGAUGAUGUAAGAUGGAUUUCUCAUCUCUCCUCAAUUGAAUUCCUUGACAUGAGCUCUGUCAAUCUUAGCCGGGCAUCUAAUAUUUGGCUUCAGAUGAUGAACAUGCUCCCUUCCUUGUCCACGCUACUCUUGUCUGACUGUUCCCUCGGUGACCAUCUUCCUCUUUCUCAUGUCAAUUUUUCUUCCCUUGUCUCUCUUGAUCUCUCCGAUAACAAUUUCAUGAAUUCUUCGACAUUAGGAUGGCUCUCCAGUCUCACUUCUCUUGCUUUACUCCAUCUGAGCAGCAGCUAUUUUACAAAGGGUUCAAUUCCAAUAUAUCUUCAGAACAUGUCCACUACUCUUCAAUCCCUAGACCUUUCUAAUUGCCGUUUGAACUCUACCACACCCAACUGGCUUUCUAGUCUCUCUUCUAUUGUUUCGCUUGAUCUGAGUAAUAACCAAAUUCCUGGUUUGCUUCCCGCCCCUCUACGGAACCUAACUACUCUUCGGUUCCUUAAUCUCGCUGAGAACCAAUUCAACUCUGCAAUACCAGAGUGGUUGUAUGACAUGACCAGCCUCCAAAUUCUCGAUCUUUCAGACAAUAAUUUUCAAGGAUCAAUUUCAGGUGCUAUUAACAACCUUACAUCACUCACAGAACUCCAGUUAUCUGGCAAUGACUUUGAAGGAGGGAUUCCAACAUCCUUGGGAAACCUCUGCAGUUUGAGAGUUUUAGAUUUGUCCAGGAACAACCUCAGUGGAGAUAUUUCUGAAUUUUUCGGAGAUCAUUCAUCUGAUUCGAGCCAAUGGCCCAAUCAUUUGGGAGAAUUUAAAAGUUUGUCCAUUCUUAAGAUUUCAUUCAACUCCAUUUCAGGGCCAAUUCCUGUGUCAAUAGGGAAAUUAUCAUCCUUGAUGAGGUUAGAUAUUUCUUCCAAUCUUUUAAAUGGAAGUAUUCCAGAAUCUCUAGGGAGUCUCUCCAAAUUAGAAAGAGUGGACUUCUCUAACAAUUCCUUUGAAGGCACCAUUUCAAAAGUUCACUUUGCAAAUCUGACAAGACUAGAGUAUUUUGCAGCUGGUUUAAACCGGCUGACCUUGAAAAUAAGCCACAAUUGGAUUCCUCCAUUUCAACUCCGUCAAAUAUGCAUGAGCUCACGUGAUGGGGGACCUCAAUUAUUUCCUGUGUGGCUUCAAACACAGAACAAAUUGCAAUAUUUAUUCCUAUCAAAUGCUUCAAUAUCAGGUGUAAUCCCAACAAAUUGGCUCUCCAAUAUGUCCCGACUUUUAUAUGUUGAUCUAUCUCAAAACCAGAUCCAAGGCUCGUUACCUCCCAUCCCUGCCACAGUAAAAUAUUUUGAUCUUUCAAAUAAUCGCUUGAACGGAUCUCUUGCUCCCUCUUUGUGUAACCAAAUGGGGGAUGAGGAAUCCAAAUUGUUAUCUUUAGCAUUAUCAAAAAAUUUUUUAUCUGGAGAAAUUCCUGAUUGUUGGGUGAAUUGGAAAAAUUUAAGGGUGUUGCGAUUGGACAGCAACAAUUUGGUAGGAAAAAUACCAAGUUCCAUGGGUAUUCUAACUUCGCUCGCGUCGCUACACUUGCGCAAGAAUAAGCUCUCUGAAAACUUGCCUCCACCAUUGAAAAAUUGUCAUGAUUUACAAGUUUUGGAUCUUAGUGAAAAUAAUUUUUUUGGAAAAAUACCAUUCUGGAUGGGAAAAAGUCUUUCCAACCUUGAGUCCUUGCUCUUCGUUUAA